AUGGAACAGGCAGAAGGGUGCGCUGCAACUGGGCUGGAAAUACGAAAUCAUCACAGUGUUCCCUCUGUACAAUGUCCAAAUUGCCGACUAGGGUUCACAUCAAACCUUGCUGUUGUAGAUCAUCUCAAUGAUCAGGCGCAUUCUUGUUGGAGCCGCGAGCCCACUUACCGCUUGCCAGUCCCUCCAGCUUUCCAACGAGGCGAUAACAACCGGGAAGAGGUCACUGGCCAGUACCAUUCAAAAUCAGGCUACCUUUUUGGACGGGGACGAAAUGUCUUACAGGAAAUGGAGGAUCAUGAUUCAGACCAAAAGCGCCGCAAAGCAAUAAAUUCAUCGUACCCUUUCGUUGAUCAGGCUGAAUGGCAACUAGCAGAAUUUCUCAUCCAGCGGUUGACGCAAACUGAUAUUAACAAGUUUCUGAAGCUAGAUUGGUUUAAAUCCAGACCCAGCCCAUCCUUCAAGAGCGCAGAUCAGCUAUUUGGCUGGAUCGAUGCAUUACCAAGUGGCCCAGCGUGGCAAUCAACAACACUCGAGUUUACCAACUACACAACCAUAAGGCCAAUCGAGCUAAUCUGGCGUGACGGCCUCGAAGUCGUCAAGGAUAUCUUCGCAAACCCAAUAUUUUCCAACCAUAUGAUGUACGAUCCUCACAUUGUUAUGGUCGGCUCUGAACGCGAAUACGGCGAAUUCUUUACUGCCAACAGGGCUUUCGCUAUUCAGAACAACCUUCCAGAAGGUGCAACCAUCAUACCAAUCAUCCUUGCAUCGGACAAAACACCCGUAACCAGGAUGUCAGGUGGAUUAGAAAUGCACCCAGUGUUCCUUACGAUCGGCAAUAUCCAAUCUGAAGUUCGGAUGAAGGCCACUGCUCACGCAUGGAGUUGUGUUGCAUUCAUCCCGAUUCCAAAGUUUGACGUUCACGGGGAUUUUCAAACGCUCCUCCACGCUCGUUUGUUCCACAAGUGCAUGGAUUUGAUAUUCGCCAAAUGCAAGGUGGCUACGAGGAUCGGCGAAUACAUGCCAGAUCCCAUGGGUUAUCUCCGGCACUGUUUCACUCCACUCGUCGCAUACACAGCCGAUCUCCCUGAGGCACAGCUCAUUGCUUGUGUCUCAAAGAGCGCAUCACCACUUACAAUGGCUACCCAAAGUGACUUUGGUAGUGCGCAACUUUUCCCCCGUCGAACAGGCGACCACACACUCAAGCUCAUCUACGACUUAUGCCAACGCGUUGAUCCGUGGAAUGUACCGCUCUUCCAACGUGAAGCCAAAGCAUUGCUGCUCAGCGGUGUUCAUCAGCCAUAUUGGAGAGAUUGGCCGUAUGCAGAUCCAAGCUCUUUUUUGCCCGGCGAACUGCUUCACACGUGUCACAAAUAUUUUGGCGACCAUCCUUUGAAAUGGUGCAAGGAGGUUGUUGGGGAGGAUGAACUUGAUGCUCGCUACAAGGCGCAUCAUAAACGAGUCGGGACGCGUCAUUUUGGGUCCGGUAUCUCCCACAUCAGCCAGAUGACCUGCCGAGAACAUCGCGACAUCGAACGGACCAUCGUUGCCACGAUCGCUGGUGCAGCGAACACAACCCCCAAUUUCGUACAUGCUAUCCGUUUCCUCACCGAGUUCAUCUACCAGGCACAGAGCCCCAUCCAUACCGACUCGUCCAUUGAUGCUAUGGUGCACUCCCUCGGCGAGUUUCAUAGGCUGAAGCAAGCGAUACUGGACGCUGGUGCUCGGAGAGGCAAGAGUGGAACGAUCAACAACUUCUCCAUCCCGAAGAUCGAAUUGUUUCACAGUUUUGCGGGGUCUGUCAAAGAUCUCGGUAGUUUGCUACAGUUCUCAGCCGAUGUCAGUGAACGGCUCCUGAUCACGCACUGUAAAUUUCCUUUCGAACGGACUAGUCGCCAAGCCAGGAAUUUUACCCUACAGGUCGUCCAGAUACUCAAUCGCGAUGAAACCAUGCGUCGUUUCAAUCUGUAUACCCUCUUGCAUUCGCACGGCACACCGCUCGUGAAUGCAAUUGCAACCGAAGAUAGUAUUGUCGCAGAGACAGAUCCCACACUGGCCUGGAUAGCGCGUGUGCUCCCCGGCGAGCAGAAGCGCUUCCAUGGCCCGCGUCCCAUCCGAAACCAUUUUCUGAAGGGAAUUUUGUCCGUUGAAGCUAAUGCUGCUUUUCACGUCACCGUCUCCCCCGAUCGCAAGUCCCUUUCUAUCACUGAUUUGCAAUCUCUCUACUCCCUCCCCGAUUUCGGCGUGGUGCUCGCAGAAUAUAUCAACGAUUCGUCCCAGAACACCCCGACAACGGCCUGGACAUGUACGCGAGAUUCAGUCAGGACAUGGAACAAAUUUCGUUUACAGCUGCUAUCUACCUUCAAGUCGCGAGUCGUGAUGCCCAGCCAAAUUGUUCAAGCGUUUCCACCAUCGGACACCUUCCCUUUGGGUAAUUGUGACGCGGUGCUCGUGCAAUUGCCUGCUAACGAUGAUACCUACAUCGCACAAGUCCGUUGCAUUUUUCAAGCCGUUGCGAAGAAAGGUCAUACACUGCCCCGCUAUCUUGAAGACUCUCCCCUGCUAUACGUUCAGUACUUUCAGAUCACAGCAACGCCUACUGAGGAUACGAGUGCUGGCAUGUACCGCGUGAAACGCAUCUAUCAUCGGGAUGGCACAGGCCGGGUCUUCCGACCCGGCAGCAUCAUUCCACUCACAGUGGUCACCUGUGCCAUCGAGCUUAUUCCUGUGUAUGGGUCGAAGAUGGAUCGUACGAUUAGUGCCGCAAACGCGAUGGAGAUCUGCGACGAGUACUACUUGAAUACGUUUUCUGACAAAGAGGUCUUCAAUACAAUGCACUCUGGUUUAAUGUAG